AAAAAUAAUUAGUUUAGUUAAAAAAAUCAUUUUCUAUUGAUUUUCCUUUUCCUUUCCAUUUUUCAUCACUCGCGUGUCUCAUCCGCCAUUUUCUCUUCCAUCAUUCAGAAUCUCUAUAUAUACCCCCACUGAAAAUUCUAGCUGUUUUAGAUUAUUGUUGUGUUGUUUGUGUUACCAAAGGUGGUGGACCUGGUGGUUGUCUGGUUGAGGUAGAAGAAGAUUAGUUUGGUUAUGGCGUUAAAGGACACGUUUUACAUAUCCCAUGGAUCACCCACUUUGUCCAUAGACGAGUCCCUUGUGGCUAGGAAGUUCCUCCAAUCGUGGAAGAAGGAGGUGUUUCCGCCGAGACCCACUUCCAUUCUUGUCAUCUCCGGCCAUUGGGACACCGCUGUCCCCACCGUUAACGUUGUUGAUUCCACCAACGACACCAUCUAUGACUUCUAUGGCUUCCCCAAACCCAUGUACCAGCUUAAAUAUCCAGCACCUGGAGCUCCUCAUUUGGCAAAGAGGGUGAAGGAGCUACUGAAAGAAGGUGGUUUCAGCCGCGUCGAUGAAGAUAAAAAACGCGGCCUCGACCACGGUGCUUGGGUUCCACUCCUUUUGAUGUAUCCAGAAGCUGACAUCCCAGUUUGUCAGCUAUCUGUUCAAUCUAACCUGGAUGGGACUCAUCAUUAUAACAUAGGAAAGGCACUGGCCCCUCUUAAAGAUGAAGGUGUACUUAUAGUGGGUUCUGGAAGUGCAGUUCACAACUUGAGAGCACUCGAGCGCCACGCCACUGUUGCGGCGCCCUGGGCUGUAGAGUUUGAUAAUUGGCUGAAAGAAGCUCUUCUUGAAGGAAGAUAUGAAGAUGUGAAUCACUAUGAACAAAAAGCACCACAUGCAAAAAAGGCUCAUCCUUGGCCGGAUCACUUUUACCCACUGCAUGUUGCUAUUGGUGCUGCUGGUGAAAAUUCAAAGGCCAAACUCAUCCAUAGCAGCAUUGACUUGGGAAGUCUCUCUUAUGCCUCUUACCAGUUUACAUCAGAUGUCAUCUAACUUAAUGCAUAAUACCUGUUGUUCAGCUGCAUGUACUCUAAGCACAGUUACUUAAUAUGCAUCAUCUAUGAUUUGAAGUGUUGAUGGGAAAUUUAGACUUAUGUCCCUGUGUUGUACUGUGAAGAAUUAAUGCGCACAAUAAAGAAACUGUUCUUAUUUGAGGACUUUCCUUCUUCUUGA